CUUGUUAUUGUUCAUGGCGUUUUAUGACUUGUCCCUUUAUAUUGACGAAUAAUGUCGUGUAUUUUGGUGAUUUAUACGGCCCGCCGUGUCGACAAAGUGGAGUAAGCCUCGAGCUGUGUGUUUUAGGUUAAGACAAGUGUCGGAGUGUCGUGUGUUCGGUGAAAUUCAAACUCGAAGAAUCGUUCACCAAGUUGGAAAGAAAUGGGCGUACAGGGUAACUGAGGACGUGCCACUAACCCGGAGUGGAGUUUGGGGCUGUCGGUUUGGAGGCACAGAACAGACGUCUCAUCGACCAAGAAUAAGCACGCUGAUCUCUGACGAGUCCCCAGGCUCCCCGGGUAGUUAUGUGAUUAAUGAGAUUGUCAUGGCGGCGGAUAGCGACGGUGAUUUGAUAGAGACGGUGGUAACGUGCGAAGGUGAUCUCGGGGAUCCAGAAUUUCCUCACAAGUUCAAGGUCAUUGUUGAUCGUCUUAAAUAUUUACUUUCAAAAGAGAAAGGUGAAACUCUGCGAGUUAAUAAAGUGGAGCCAUGGAACUCUGUGAGAGUUACAUUUUCAAUUCCAAGAGAGGCAGCUCUGCGCCUCAGAGAACUAGCCGCCCAAGGAUCAUCUACACUGACUCAGCUUGGUAUAUUGUCGGUGCAGGUAGAAGGAGAUCAGGUGAUAUCGCUGAGGAUAGCAAGCCAAUUUGGCGGAGAGGGGCAGGAAAUAGUUUUGCGUUCGGGAGGAAGCGGAGUCGAUGGAGUAGGAGCAGGCGGAGGACAAGACGGAGCAACGAGUAGAUCGCAGGAGGAUACAGUGAGCCACGGAGCGACUGAGAACGUUGGUGAGAAUGAAACAAGUGCCUUGGCAGGGCCAAGUAACGGAACAAAUAUUUCGGCAGUCAUGGGCAGCGUUGCUCAACUUAUAGCAGCUGGUACCUCAACGGAAAAGAGUCCACAAUUCCGUUCGCCAAACGUGGUAGCUCCAACCGAUUGUGAACCGAUACCAGCGUUCAUCACCAAGUCCGGACAAACUUCAUCGAGUAAUAGCGGGGUUGUAAACAUAACUGGAAAUCAAACGGUCACGAAUAGUACGACCGCAUCACCGCGUAGCAAUUACAACGGUCCAUUCCCGUUUGCCAGUAUGACCCACGCUGCGCAAGCAAUUCAUAAUCGCGAGUCACAAUCCACUACAAUUAAGAACCCUGUGCAAUUCAAGCACAAACAACCGCCUCCACCUUAUCCAACGGUUCAGCAGCAGCAGCAGCAGCAGCAACAGGAAAAUUCAAAAUCGUCAACAACUCCGAUGACGGCGGGUCAGACUACCGUUCAUCCGUUAAUCGCGUAUAAAUCGUCAGCUACCGUGACGAGUUCGAGUUGCUCAGGUUCGACUUCGUCGUCGACGUCCGCACCCUCUGUAGCAUCGCCGGGGCACAACGUGACCACUCUAGGAACGGGCAAUCAGGUCGCUCUCUCAAGUCCGCUAUUGGUGAAUCUCUUGCAAAACGAUGGUAAUUCCCAUCCGAAUAACGUCGGAAUAGCUGGUCACAAAAUGCCACCACCAGCGGUUGUCGAAGUCGCUGGAAAUGCGAGUCGUGCAAGACCGACGAAGAAACCUGUGCGAAGGAAAGAAUUGUCGAGAUCGCCGAGUCUAGAAUCUCCGCCGAAUUUAGACUCUCUCAGAACCGAGGACCUCAUAGGUGGUAGCUCUUUGAUACUAUCAAGUCUGGGCCAGAGCUCCUCUGGCCCAUCAGCGUUCGUCACCGUUAAUGCAAAUAAUCCCUCGACUCUGCCUCCUGCAAUGUCACAAACGAGCGGUAUUCUCAGCUCGGUAGCUCCUGGGGGCGUGACGCCCGAUCAGGUCAGCUCCGUUCUCGGGCAACCGACUCAACAACACUCCACAGCGGGGUUACACGCCCAAGUACAAAUAUCUCAAAAGUUUCCGAUCCGGCAGGAAGCCACGUACAAAUCGAAUCAACAAAAUCAGAUGCAAAACAUAAUUGCGGUAUCUCGCCUUCCGGUCAACGGUCAACCGAUCAGCCGAGCUCCCACACAACAUCAACAACGCUCCAUGCUCCAACAACAGCAACAAAUCGGAGUGUCCCAGCAACCUCCUCCAUUGCAAAAUGCUUCGAAUCAGCAUCAAAUGAUGCAACAACAAUUGCUUCACCAACAACAACAACAACAACAACAACAACAACAUUCGGGCAUUGGAAUUAACAUCGCUCAACAACGAUUGGGAUAUUUGAACAACCAACGUCAGCAAACCCCUCCACCUUACACUAGAACGGUAAAUUCGCAGCAGGUUCCGCAGCAACAUCCGGUCAACACAGCAUCACAGCAGCAGCAGCAGCAACAGCAACAACAAUCGAGUCAGGGGUUGAACAUGCAACAACAAUUACAUCACAAUCAAGUGAAAAAUGUGAACGUUAAUACAAGCGCGAGUACUGAUUUUCGUUAUGGUCAGAGUCAAAAUAUAUUGAGUAGAAAUUAUCCGGUAGUGGGAACUGCAGGGGCGAACGGUACCACCUGGAGCAUGCAAAACAUUAGUACAAUUUCGUCGAGCGGCCAGAUUACAAGCCAGCGUUCGACGGUCGGGAGCAACGUGACGGCGGCUUCCAGUGCCUUUCCUCCGAGCAACAAUAAUAAUGGCAAUAAUUGCCGUGUGUCGAAUCAUGCGUUGACGACGUGCGGUGCAGGGGCUUCGGGUACAACCGUUGCCAAAUUCGCCGAUAGAGCAUCGAGCCUCAAAAAGACAGACGACGAGGAUGAGGAUGACACGGAGGAGGAAGAUGAGGAGGAAGAAGCUGAGGAAGACGAGGACGAAGAGGAGGAAGAAGAAGAGGAAGAACCAGCGGAAGAUGACGAGGGAGGUAACGGUAGCGGGCGAAAAAACGAGACGGAGCCAGAGUAUACUUCGUCAGGAAAAAUAAGACAAUUUCUUAUAAAUCCAUUGACCGGUCAUCUCGAGCCCAUGCCCAGCGACAGUUCAGAAUCCGAACCUGAGAGUGCAGUUGAUAAUCAGGACGAUUUCUUUUCUUUCCCAUCGCCCUCGAACGAUCGAUCAAAUUCUAUAUUCUCGGACGACGAUGCGGACAGCAAUUUUUCACGAAGAAAUGAUACUACGACCAAUACCGAUCAGUCCGAUUCGGAAACGACGACAGUCAAGUCGACCGCAAGCGAGGGCAGCCUCAAACACGGGAAUCGAAUAAAAACAGGACGUGAAAACGCCAACAGUCCUGCGAUAACUGGCGAGAAGAUAAAGCUUCGUUUAAAAUUGGAGAAGUCCGAGCCCGUGACACCAGCGUACAAGGUGGAUGUGUCUUUCGUCAAUGCGCCGACGCCGAGGAAAGCAGAUAAAUCCGUCACCGGUGGAAAGGUUUUUAGUGCCGGUUCGAUUAAUUCUUCAAGUGCAGCGUGUGAAGAGCCCAGAGUCCCUCCCUUGCACAUUUCUCUGAGAGGACGCAACGCUUCGGUUGUACAAAUACGGAAGAAGGAAAAGAAAUCUCUACGAGAUACGGAUGCGGAUUCGUUGAGUCUGAAAAGACGUGGAAAAUUGAAGAAAAUGAAGGAUGCUACCGACGGGGGUAAGCUCCUGCAGAAAAAGACGUUGGGAAUGAUGCUCGGAAGCGCUGUUGCCGCCGCGUCAACUUCCGGAUCCUCCGUCGCGUCAUCCGGAUCCACAUCGACACUCGUAGCCGCCGCUACGACUUCGAAAUUAGCCCUCUCAAAUGCGACAGUAGCGAAUAGCGCAACGAGCGUUGUCGUUAUCGCUAAAAUGAACAACGCCCUUCAAAACGUUGUGACCAAAUCGAAUGCCUUACAGAAGCAGGACGCUAGCCUAGACUCGUCUAGAUUACAAUGCGCAAUCACCAAAGUGAGCACCUCCAGCAAGGGUAACGAUCUUGACGAUAUUCCUCUUAACAGCAGGAUACCGUCGCCGCUCAAACACAAAUCGUCGAUCGUAAAUCCAGCCGGCCAGCAGCAGCCGCAACAACAGCAACAACAACAGCAGCAACAUCAUCACCAACAUCAUCACCAUCAUCAUCAUCAUCAGCAACAACAGCAACUGCAACAGCAACUGCAACAGCAAACUUCGACGAAGGUUCACGUCGAUAGCGAAGCUCUGAAUCACACGAACGAGCAUAAAAUUGGCGGAGGCAAAACUAAGAGAAGAGAUUCUAAAAAGAAAUCAGAGUCCGGAGAGGGACUUCAUCGGGAGCAAAAUCUUUUAUCCGGUGGAAGAAUUCUCGAUAAUCAAACAAAGUGGCGAAAACUCGGAUACAGGGGGGAUGUUGGGGCGAUCGUUAAAAAGACUGAUUCUCAUACGAGUGGUAACGAUUCGAGCGCAAUGAGAAAAGUCGGCGAAAUAAGAAGAACGAGCGACGGUGACGCGACCGGAGGUCGCUCAGGAAUCGAGAAAGCGUUGAAUAUCGUUUCGACGCGCUCGAUUGAGGUUAACGGUAUGCGGAAGGAUCUGAUUAGUCAAGAGAAGAGAAGACGAUUGAGUUUGAUGGAUGAAAAGGACCUCCAUCAAGCAGCGGCAGCAGCAUCGGCAUCAGCAGAAUCUCAAAACGCUGCUGAAUCGUCGCGGCAUCAAAACCGAAGACUCGUUAUGGAAUCUGGCGGGCAAAAUGUGAUGGUAACAUCAAAAUCGAGCGGAAAAACAUGUCUCGAGAGCGAGAUUUCGGUUUCGAAAACUCCUGUGGGCAAUGUAUCGGCGCAACAAGCGAAACAAACGUCGUCACAGCAGGUCGAAUCCGGACCAAACAAUUCGCAGCAGCCGAUCGGAAGCAAACUUACGCCGAUGAGAUCGAAGCUCGAGCACGAAGCAGUGAAACUCGGUUCGUCGGGCGCCGCAACAAGUAUCAAAAGUCAAGUACCAGGUCAAAAGUUACAAAAUCACGCGGUUGGAAAGAGCAACGAUUCUCAAAACAAUCCAGUUGGGCAUAUAAACAGGCACAAACCGACGACCGAACAGCAGCAUUACGGAGCCAAGAGAUUGACGCAAAAUCACACCGUCAAGGAAACCGAUCGCGAAAGACAAGUUUUGGUUGACAAGAGCAAAAUGGAAAUUUUGCACCAACGAGUCAGCCUGUUGAAGAGCCCGAUGAAUUCGACAACGAUUUGCAAUGUUUCCGUGUCGGAAAAAUCGACGCCACGGCAGCCGCCACCCUCGAGCCUCGAGUCGACUCUGUCAAUUGGCAAACCGGCAAUGUUGAUCAGCAUCGAAACUCGCCAGGUCUUAGAGACCACCCCGACGAAUAACAAAAAUCCGAUAACCGACAAUUCAACGAUAGCCGAACCGAGCGUUGCCCCAACAACGGGAAGUAGCGCUGUUUUGAGUCCCUCCGCGACGUCGAUUACGUCAGCGGUGGUGAUCGCUCCGCGAGUCGUUACAACACCAACGCCCACGACCGUUGGUGAAACAAAUUUAAAUGAUCAACCUGUCGUUGGAAUCGCUCAAGUUACGGAUACCAAUCCCGAGAGAGUUGUCGGCGGUGGCGGUGGAGGCGGAAACGGUGGCGGUGAAGAUUCCGGAAUCGAAUCGAUGGAUGCCCUCUCAGAAAAGUCACCGAACCAGGGUGAAUCACCUCUGCACAGGCCACAAGCUACCGUCGAAAGUACCGGACUUUCUCAGCAACAACAGCUUCAGCCGCAGCUGCAGCAACAAGAAAAACGCAACCACACCAACGACGCAAUAAACACCGACGCGAAGGCCGUUGUUGUCGAACCGAGUGAAUCGCCCAAUUAUCCCCAAUCCACCAAUAAGAACGUGCCUUCCUCGACUAGCAGUAGUAGUGAUAUGUGUUCAAAUUCGCGUACGGAACUUUUCAAGUCCGGCGAUGAUAAGAGACUAAAUCCCGUAUCAGUGGGUAAUUAUCUCAAUAAUCAUUUGAAUGAUCAAAUGAAAGUAGAAUGUGAAAAAUCGUUUCAUUGUACGGACGUUAACUCCGAGAGCUUGUUAGUGCUCGAAGUGAAGUCUGAAACGACGACCGCGGCGACGACGACGAUAACGACGACGACGACGGCGACGGCGACGGCGACGGCAGCGGCAGCGGCAGCAACGACGACGGUGGCGGAAACAACGACGACGACGACGACGACGACGAUAGCGGCUGCAACGUCGGCGUCGGUUACGACGACGGCGACAACGACGACAACGUUCACCGCUGAGAAAAGUGAUGAAAUCGUCGCCAAAACAUUGAGCGUGAAUGCGAUCGCUCAAGUGACAACAGAAGCGAGUCGCCGUGUUCCCCCCAUUCAUUGUGAUAAUACGUUGUUACAGUGCGAAAAUUCGCAAUCCAUAGACUUACCGGUGAUAAAGAAUUGUGCAAGUGUCAGCGAGAUACUCGGAGAGACUAUAUUCAAGGACGUGGAAAUUGAGAACGAUAAAAAAACGUUGAAUAAAGAGCGAGAGGUUAAAAAAGAAACGGAGAAAUGCUGGGGCGAGGAGAAAAGAGCGGAGGAGAAACAUGAGAGUGUCGUUGUCGAGACGAACGAUUCCCAUGAAAAUCGUGAUAAGAGCAACAGCGAAAGAUCCGUGAGCGUCGUUGAAAAUCAUGAGACUGAUGAGACCAUGACCGCUACGACGACGGCAGUAAAAGAGAAAAAUGCAAGUGUUCCUGUGAUCGUUAACGAGGAAAUGGCGAUAUCUGAUAACAAAAGCUCAACAGCCGUUUCCGCGAAGGAGCAGAAAAAUUUGCCCUCGUCGGAAGAGAAGACGGACGAAAGCGGUCCGGUCGUCGAGGUGACAGAUCGGGUUAGCACAGAUGCGUUACCGUUGACGGAAGUUCAAGUACCGGAAAAGAAGAAAGAGGAAAAGGAAAGUUUGUUGGGAAAUGAAUCAACCGAAAAGUGCGACUCGAGCCAACAAGCUCCGCAGGAACGAAUGAGAACGAGCAGUCCUCCGAGUGGCCCGAGUCUCGUAGAAGCCGUGACAAAAAAAGUAGGAGUCGCCGAGUCUUACGAAACGAGUAUAAAAUCGCCUCGAAUGAUCGCGACAGAUCCUCAACCUAUAAGAAUAACGCCACCUUUGUACACGUACUCGAAUCCCGUGGUGUUACAACGGGAAGACACGCCGAGUCCGGCGCAUCAAAAUCCGGAAAUAGAGUCGAGCAGCGAAGCCGAUAACGCGAAACGUAAACGUCGAAGAAAGCAAGAACUCGAGGGACGUCAGGACGUUAUAUGCAUCGAGGACAACGAAGACGGGGCUCAUUUUGUCGAAAGAAUCGCGACGAACAAUAGCGAGGAUUACGUCAAACGCGCCCCGAAAUCGCUUCUGGAACAGCUUCUUAUCGAAAUACCAUCAAACGAGAGCAUUGAAAAGAGAUCGCUAAGGACGAGAUCGCAGAAGCUUAACAGCCCCGAUAUCGUUAAAACACCGAAGAGCAGUCCGCACGGGGGGGUUGCGGGACCGAUGGCGUCGGCGGCGAACAAGGGAAGCGGCGGCGGUGAAGGUGGCAGCGGUGGCGGUGGCGGUGGUCUGGAAGAACAACAUCGCAGCAUAUCCCCUUACGCCAAAGCAAGUCCGAAGCUAGCCCUCGCGAAGGCAUCACCGAACGCCGCUACCGUCGUCACCGCUGCUGCCGCCGCCACUGUCACCGCCGUCGCCGCUGCCACCGGAGUCAGAAUCGGCAAGAGAAAAAGACAGGAGAGCGAGAGCUCGGUCGCCUCGAGCACCGCCGACGAUCCGCCGCAACCAAGGCCAGGUAAACGGAAAUGCUCGGAGAACGCUGCAGAACUUAUUAAGGCUUGCAUGGGCGUAGAGGAGAGCGGUCCUAUUAAGAAAAAACAAGUACCCGGAAAGGAUGAACAGUCAAAGAAGUCGUUCAGCAUAUUGGCCAAAGCCAAGAAAGGUCCAAUUUUAGUAGAGGUAGAAUCAUCGGACGAUGAACCACUGAUCGAGUUGGCCACGGGCAAGACGAGGAUUCGCAUCUCUGACGAUGCUUCCGUACAAUCUCCAAGAACGAAGGAAUCAAAGUUAAACUCGAGCUCUUCGAUGCCCGGUGGUCAAGUGAAUGCAGGCAAUAUGGGAAAUUUCAACGCAAUUAACAGAGGUCAAAGGGAGAGUAGAUUGUUAACUACGAAGCAACAGCCAGGGGGCAUUGUCGGUAACACCGUGACAAUGGGGAAAGAGAGACUACGUGGUACAUCAGUGUCGAGUAAUGAGUCCAUUGGGGAAGUAACGACACGAAGAUCUGUGAGACAGAGCGCGGCCUCGCCACUGGCUACUCCGGCAAGCAACACGAGAGGCGCGUCCAGGACAAUGGACGAUGUAAAUAGAAGAAAAACUCGCAGUGGUGCUGUGGGAACGUUGUUUUAGUGAGCGCUGAGACGGCUGAACAGGCGAAGCGGAGGCGAAUAUCCCGAGAAAACAAAUGACCCUUGGGAAGCGACCUUGACAGUGAUUAGCUAUCGUCGCUCGUUAAGGCCAAUCUGUCCGGUUGUUUGACUCUUAUUAACGACGAUUAUUCGAUCGCCGUGUGGCUGGACUCCACCUGGUGAUUCCUUCCGUACGUGUCAAUAGCGCACAACAAGGCUAUACUAGUCUCUGGAGUAUAAAACGAUGUGUACGUGUUUUGUAUGUGUGUGUGCUACGUGUGCGUGUCUCUUAUAAAAAAUUAUCAUUUCCAAUCGAUCAUUAUCAAGGAAAUGACGAUAAAACAGUUCUUUCCUAUUAAACGAAUCAAACAAUUUAUUAGCACAGCCCAUCUUCGGACAUUAGUUUCAAUAAUCUUCAAUUCUUUUCAUAAAAUAUCAUUUUUCGUAAUUAUUUCCGAAUAUUCUGUAUAAAGCAGUAGAAAAAUUUGCGUUUGAUAUCCUCUCUUGAAACACAAAUCAGCACGUGCACCACUUACAACAGAGAAAAUUAUUCGAAUUUGUACGAGACGAGAAAUUUUUCAUAAUAAUUUCGUAUAUCAUACUCGGUCGUUGGUAAAAAAUUAUUGUUUAUCUACACGUACACACGUUGGUGUUGAUAAACAAAGACAAAGCCGAGUUAAGAAGGACUCGCAGAUGGAAAGUAUGAAAAAAAAAAAAAAAAAAAAACGGAAACCAUGGCAAUAAUUUUGAAGAAAAAUCUAGCCAAAGAUGUUGGGGCGCGCUUUCGAGACUUGAAUCAAGAUAAUAAAAGAAAUUUUGAUGCGUACGUGCGUACACUUGUAAGUUUUACGGCUCUCGUAUGAUCUCUCUUUUUUUUUUGUACUUGUAUGGGAAACAAAAUUUGUAAAGUAGAGAGCUCACAGGUACGUUGCCUUCACUAUUUUAAACUGACCGUACUGCCGUAUAAAUAUCUUCUACCGAGUCCGACUCUACGUAUCUCGAUAAAAACGUUUAUCCACAGAUAUUGUGAAAGCUCGAACGACCACUCUACCGAAUGACUUUGUUAAAACAUAUUCGAUGCAUAUAUACACGCACAUACACGCGCGAGCGCGCGUGCACGCGAACAUAUAUGUGCUUGUAUAUAGUUUUGGACGUAUAUUCGUUAUUUUUAAUCUCUCCGAUCUUGAAAUUGUAUAAUUAUUCUGUAAAUAAGAACAGUGAAUCGUCUCUCAGCAUCGUUAAUCGAAUGACAUAAAAAAGUAAAGAGUAUCGAGUGCUGCAAAUGGUCGUGCUGCUGCGAUUUUUUCAAAGUAUAAUUGUUAAAAACGGAGGAAGUGAAGUGCGUUUAUUGUAAGAAGAAACUUUAACAUUGUCGUUGAAAUGUGUAAGACUCGGUCUAUCGGUCGAAAAGGGUCGUCGAUUCCACGCUACAAAAUAUUCAUAGCAAACAACCUGGGAUAUAGAGGUUUACAUUGGGAAAAAAUUUAUUUUAUUUAUAUACGAAAUAAAUGAGAAAGGUUGGAUCGAAUAAUGCAAAAAUAAGAAAAAAUAUGAUGAAACAUUAUAGGCGAAUAAUGAUUCUAAAAACGAGAAAAAAACCAUCACAACAACAACAACCACAACAACCACAACCACAACCACAACAACAACAAAACGACUAAUACAAUGUUAAUUUGAUAGGUAAUAUAUGGAUGGAUAUAUUUUGUAAAUAAUUUCUUGUAAAGAUAUCCAAGCACACCUCCCCACUGUAUAUAUAUACAGGAACUGUUUAAAUUUUUAUUAAAUUAGUGAUAAUUCAAAUUGUGCAACUUUACUGUCAUUAUGAUUAAGUAUUUUUUUUAUUCUUCAUAAUUGUCUAGUUAACGGAUGCAAGGAAAAACAAAAUACGCGUUAUCAUUCAUCUUCCCCUUGGCACAGUCGGAGACCCAGAAAUAUAAUGAAUAAAUAAUAUUAUGCUUAAGUACGUGAAGAAUAAAUAAUUAAUAGGAUAAAUUAAAUAAACAAAUGAAUAAUGAGAAAAAAAUUUUUGUACGAAUGCAUACUGCAUUGUUUCGAGAUCUACUCCAAUGUCAGAGAUAUCUAGUUUUUUAUAAAUAUUGUAUAAAUGUGAAUUAUACACUUGACGAUACGAAUUCCAUAGAGGGAAGGCGUCGGCCACAGCAGUACUCGCGAAUAGCCUUCGCCUCCUCUCUUCCCUUUCGUAAAUCCUGUACUUGCUGGGUAUUAUAAAAUAGUCUUGUGUAAUAAUAAUAUACACGUUCAUCUCUCUCUUCCCCCCCCCCCCCCCUUAUUCAUAAAUUAUUUCGAGGCUGCCAUCGUUAUCGUCGUUGCUACGCUGUCUGAAAAAAUGAUGAUAAACCCGAAAAACAGAAGAAAUAUCAAUAACCAUAACAAUACGAAAAGAAAAAAGAAAUAAUAAAAGAAACAACGGCCGGGCCUCUGAGUAAAAUUUUGAUAACUUGGGUGAAAGGAGCUUGAACAGAAAACACUAUACUCGGGGGCAUUCUUCAAACGCAUUCCGUUGUUCUGUCGUUACGCGUCCUUUUGUCAGGAUAACACGCGGAAAGUACCGAUGAUCGUGCUUUGAUCGCGAACACGCAAUGCCCAAUUCAGCCCAGUGAUUCAAAUUAGCCGAGUGUGCGCGUUGCUCUUGUUGCGAAAUAGUACACUCUUUGCGCCUUACUUACUACUCCUCUCUGAAACCCUUCAUUUUAUCGUUUCUCUGUAUCGCGGUUUAUUUUCUUCUAUUUUUCCAACCUUUGACCACGUCCUUUCCACCACGUCCUCACGUCUUUAUAAUAUCGUUCGAUAAUAAGAAAGAAGCAAUUUGAAGGAAAACAAAACCCAUCACUUUUCUCGUUGAUAGAGCGUUGAUUGAGAUGAUUUAUUAAGUACAUAUGAUGAUGUUGCUGGUUUUUGAGGGAAUAAGAAAAACACAAAUAAUUGUUUUAUCACUCGCCGAGUUUAUUGUACAUAGCGUGUAUACUUUACUCAGUCGGUCGGGAUAUAGGUAAAUAAAAUAAAUCAAGUGUAAAUACUACGAGAGAUGAAAGAGCGAGAGCGAGAGAGAGAGAGAGAGAGAGAGAGAGAGAGAAAGAGAAAUGUGUAAGGAAGUAGAUGUGCUGCGAGGAGAUAUAUCGAGUGAGAUUUUUCAUGGAUUGAUCGUGGCGUGUGUAAUAUGAAAUUUUGUAUUAGCUCCCUUCCUCCCUCCCCCCUCAACUUCCUCUUACCGAGUUGAUCGACUAUGUUGUGCAGAAAGCAGAUGAAGAAAGAAAAGAAAUAUAUGUAAUUUCGAUGUAAAAUAUUCCGUUUGACAUUGGUUAGGUAGUCUAAGUCUCAUUAUGUUAAAAAUUUAUGAAUAAACAUGAUAAUUAAA